AGCACCAGCAACUUAUUUAGCUAGCAGCUUGAUCGAUCGACUGCAACACAUGCAUUCAGCCAUGGCUGCGAGGAAUAAGGUUUCUGUCGCUCUGCUCCUCCUGCUCUGCGCCGGCGCAUGCGUAGCCCUAGCUCGGCCCAGCGAGUUCUCCAUCGUCGGCUACAGCGAGGAGGACCUGGCCUCGCACGACAAGCUGAUGGAGCUGUUCGAGAAGUUCGUGGCCAAGUACCGCAAGGCCUACUCCAGCUUCGAGGAGAAGCUGAGGAGGUUCGAGGUGUUCAAGGACAACCUCAAGCACAUCGACGACGAGAACAAGAGGGUCACCAGCUACUGGCUCGGCCUCAACGAGUUCGCCGACCUCACCCACGACGAGUUCAAGGCGGCCUACCUCGGCCUCGCGCCGGCGAGGAACGACGACGACGAGGACCGAAGCAGCGCGUUCAGGUACGAGGACGUGGACAUGGCCGGGGUGCCCAGGGAGGUGGACUGGAGGAAGAAGGGCGCGGUGACGGAGGUGAAGAACCAGGGGCAGUGCGGCAGCUGCUGGGCGUUCUCGACGGUGGCGGCGGUGGAGGGCAUCAACGCCAUCGUGACGGGGAACCUGACGGCGCUGUCGGAGCAGGAGCUGAUCGACUGCGACACCGACGGCAACAACGGCUGCAACGGCGGCCUCAUGGACUACGCCUUCUCCUACAUCGCCGCCAACGGCGGCCUCCACACCGAGGACUCCUACCCCUACCUCAUGGAGGAAGGCACCUGCCGCCGCAGCCCGCAGGGCGACGACGACGAGGCGGCGGCGGUCACCAUCUCCGGCUACGAGGACGUGCCGAGGAACAACGAGCAGGCGCUGCUCAAGGCCCUGGCGCACCAGCCCGUCAGCGUCGCCAUUGAAGCCUCCGGCAGGAACUUCCAGUUCUACAGCGGGGGUGUGUUUGAUGGUCCAUGCGACACGCGGCUGGAUCACGGAGUAACGGCUGUGGGGUACGGGACAGCCAUGAGGGGGCAUGAUUACAUCAUCGUGAAGAACUCGUGGGGCGCGCAGUGGGGGGAGAAGGGGUACAUCCGGAUGAGGAGAGGCACCGGCAAGCACGACGGCCUCUGUGGUCUCUACAAGAUGGCCUCCUACCCAACCAAGACCGCUUGAUAUGAUCGAUCAACCCGGUUUCAGUUCAUGCGUUUCUUCAAACUCUCACAAGGAAGCAGAUGAAUCUUCAUCAGCAGCAGCAACACACAAAUAAUAACGGAAGGAAGAAAAAAAAAAGGAAAAGUGUAUUGAUUCAUCAUGCUAGCUUCCCAAAUUUAUGUUGGCAAUUAAUUCCAAGUGAUUCUGAUCACUCGUGUUUA